AUGUUGGAUAUUGAUGAUUCAAAAGAUUCAGAAAACUGUAAUAUUCAUUCAUUUAUAGGUAAAGCAUAUGAAUAUUAUUUUAUGGGAAUUUUAUUAAUAUUGAUAGGAAUAUCAACACCAAUAUUUAUAUUUGAAAUAAGUGUUUUUUAUAAUUUACUUCUUUUUUUGGCUGGUUUAUUAAUGGUUAUAACAAAUAUUAUAUAUAUAUAUAUUAUUGUAAAAUUUAAUUUAACAAAAAUUUCUAUACAAUAUGUACUUGCUAGAAAUUUAUCAACAGAAAGUAUUUUACUUGGUUUACAUCAUAUCAUUAUACCUAUUAUUAAUUUAAUUAUUAUUAAUCCAAAUUUAACAUUAUAUAAUUCAAUGUUAUGUAGAAUAAGAAGUAUUACAGAAAUAUUUUUAUUAUACCUAUUUGAAGUAUCAUUUGCACUUCGUGUUAUAACAUUUAUUAUAAUGUUAAAUUACCCAGUUAUUUAUCAUAAUAUAAUUGAUCAUAAUAAAAAAGGAAAAUUUAUUAUAUUUCCUGUUAUUAUUAUUGCAAUACUAGCAACAUCAUUUUUUACAAUUGAUAGUUUUUCAAUAACACAAUUUAAAAUUUGUACUUUUUAUUCAGCAUUUGGUAAAGUAUAUGAAACUUUUUUUAUUGGAUUAAUUGGAUUUAUAGUAAUUUUAACAAUUCCAGUAUUAUAUCUUGGUAGUAUUGCUAUAAAUAAAAUGAAAACUGAAGGAAGUUAUAAAAAUAGUGUUAUUCAGUUACUUAAUUAUGAAAUAACAGUAUUUACAGGUUGUUGGUUUAUUCCAAAUAUGUUUAUUUUUAUAUUUUAUUUUAUUAAUAUAAAAAAAGAUCAAAUGGGAAUGUUAUAUGAUAUAAGUAGUUUAGUAUUAUCAAUAUCUGGUAUUGUAGAAUUUCCUUUUACAAUAUGGAAAAAUCGUGAUGUUAAAAAUUGUUUUUACAAAAUAAUAGGAAAAAAAUCAAAUGUUGUUAUAAAUGGUAAUGGUUUUAAAAAAAAAACUAAUAUUUGUAUUAAAUUUCCUUCAACAAUAAAUACGGAUAAUAAAUUUUUAAACAAAUAA